AUGGAAUUAGAAAAGACACAUUUAAUAAACUACUUUUUGGAAAUAUGCCCUACCGUUUUAGAUUGUUCUAGAAAAGAACUUCAAUCAAUUUUAGUUAAAAAAGAAGAAGAAAAAAUAAGAAAAUUUCUAUUGGAUAAAAAUAUUAAUUUAAUAGUUAUAGGAAAAGAAUGUACUGAUAAUGAAGAAAGAGAAAUGAAUGAUAAAGAAAAUGAUAAGGAAGAUAUAAAUAUGAAUGAAGAAUAUAAUAAUAUAAGAAAGUCUAAUUUAGAUAAUAAAUAUAAUAAUUUUUUAUUUGUAGAAUUAAUAAUAAAUUACAAAUGCGUAACUAAAUGUAUUUCAAUUGCUUUUAUGAAAAGAAAUAAAGAAAACUUUUUAUCGUUAAAUGAUAAAAUAGAUAAUAGAAAUAAAAUAAAUUUAUCAAAUGAAUUAUUAAUGUUUGUAUGUGGGCAAAAUGAUUGUAAUACUCCAUUAGAUUUAGUUUAUUUAUAUUUAUCUCAAGGUUUUAAUAAUAUUUUUGAUGCAGCUUCUUGUUAUGGACAGAAUAUAACUGGUUCUGAUACUUCUCAUUUUAAUUAUGGAACAAAAAAAGAUGUAGAAAAUAUGUUUAGUAUAAAUAAUAAAUAUAUAGGAUAUGAAGGAGAAAAUAAAGUAUCAAAUAUAUUAAUGAAUAAUGUAUCUAAAAAAUUGAAUGAAUUAUUAAUAUCUAUGAAAAAUGCACAAAUUGAUUUGAAUAUACCAAUAAUAAAUUUACAUGUUGAUAAAAGAAUAAAAAAGCUAUUAGAAGAAUAUCCAAAUGUUGAUGAUAUGAAACCUGAUAAAUUAAAACAAUUAUGUGAAUCUCAAGAAUUUAUAAAUCAAUUACAAAAAGAUGUUACUAAAUGGAUUGAAGAUAUACAAAAGUUAACAAGAUUAAAUGGUGAAUUUAAAAGUGGUGGGAGUGCAUUAUCUGAAAUUAAUUUUUGGAUAGGUUAUGAAAAUGCUUUAUAUCAAUUAGAAAAUCAAUUAAAAAACCCUGAAGUUAUAUUAACAUUACAUAUAUUAAAAAAUGCUAAACGCUAUUUUGCAACUAUGUCUUUUGAUAGUGAUAUACAAUUAAAACAAUCGAAAGAAUAUGUAUUAAAUGUAAAUAUAUUAAUGAAAGAUUUCCCUAUAGAAGAUUUAUUAGGUGCAACAAGUAUACAACAAAUUAUUCAAGCUGUUCGAAAUAUAUUUAAUCAUUUAAAAAAAUUAAAAAACACUACAAAAUAUCCAUUAUCCAGAUCAUAUAAUUUUGUUGAAUCAUUAUCUAGAGAUUUAAAUAAUACUAUGAAAAAAGUUCUAUGUACUCAAUCAUUAAUGAAUAUGGAUUAUGAAGAAUUCGAUGUGCUCAUUUCAGGAUGUGUCGAAAUAUUUCGACUAUGGAAUGAAGAAAUGAGAAUAUUUAAGGAUAUGGUAAGAGAAUUAAUAAAAAAAAGAAGUUUCAAUGAAAGAGCUCCAGCUAAAAUGGUAUUUGAACAUAUCAAUUUACAAGAAAGGUUAGAUGAAAUUAAAAAAUUUAGAAAACAACAUGAAAAAUUCAAAAGCGUUAUAAGUAGAGUAUUUGGUUCUAAUAAUAAGUCGUUAGGUAUUAAUUUAUAUAAAGAUAUUAAUACAGCUUAUAAUAUAUUUUUAUCAUUAGAUCCUUUGGAUUUAUCUAAAAAUGGUGAAGAUAAUUGGGAAAAAGCAAAGUUAUCAUAUGAAUCUAAAGUUAAUCGAGUUGAAUCUCAAAUAACAUUUAAAUUAAGAGACCAAUUAGGAGGUGCCAAAACAUCUGCUGAAAUGUUUCAUGCCUUUUCUAAAUUUAAUCCCUUAUUUUUUAGACCUAAAAUUAGAGGUGCAAUACAAGAAUAUCAAAAUACAUUAAUACAAAUUGUUGUAGAUGAUUUAAGAAAAUUACAAAUGAUUUAUAUCAAUGGAUAUUUAAAAAGUGAUUCCCAAAAAGUGUCUACUAUUAGAGAUAUUCCUUUAGUAGCUGGAUCAAUUAUUUGGGCUAAACAAAUUGAAAGGAAAUUAGAAGAUUCAUUAAAAAGAAUAGAGAAUGUUUUAGGUAGAGGAUGGGAACAACAUUCUGAGGGCAAAAUUUUAAGACAAAAUAUUGACAACUUUAAAAAUUUAUUAUCACAGAAUAAAACAUUUGAAAAAUGGUUAAAAAAUAUUAAGAGUGCAGAUAAAUUUGAUAUGUAUGAUAAAAUUAUAAAUAUAAAAAAAUUAGGAGGAAAUAAUUAUGAAAUUUUAGCAAAUUAUGAUUUCCAAUUUUUUAAUAUUUUUAAAGAAGUGAGGUAUUUACAAUCUAUAAAUUUAAGAGUUCCAUAUUCAAUAAAAGUAAAAGCUGAUGAAACUAAGUUAAUAUAUCCAUAUGCAUUAACUUUACAAAAAACGUUUAGAACAUAUAUGAAAAUAUGUAUUUCUAUGGAUAAUCAAGCUAAAGAUAUACCAUUUAAUCAAACUAUCAAAAAAUUAGUAGCUGCUAUACAUAAUUCUGUACAGAAUAAAAUUAAGGAAGGGAUUUAUUUACAUUGGGAUUCAGAUAUAAUAGAAACAUAUGUACGAAAAUUAUCAGAAACUAUAAAUACUUUUGAAUUUAUGGUUGAUGAAGCAAUGAAUAAAAAUAAAAUUGUUUUAGAUUCAUUAGAAAAAAUGAAAACAUGUGAAGUGUGUUUUGAAUGUAAUGAACUAAAAUCGUUAAUUGAAAUUAUACAGAAAAAGGCAGAUGAAUUAUACCUAGAACAUUAUAGAAACGUACAUUUAUGGAUUGAAGAAUUGAAUGUACAUAUAAAUAAAAUAUUAACUGAGCGACUUGAAGAAAUUAUAAAAACAUGGACAUGUGAAUUUGUUAAUUGGCCUAAUAAUGGGAAAAAGUUCAUAUGUAAAGAAAAUAUACAUGAGUUUAAAAUAAAAAAUCAGCAAUUUUAUUUACAUCCAUCUAUUGAUUCAAUGAGACAAAUGUGGUUCUCAAAAUUAUCUGACGCAAUAAACAUCAUUUGUGGUAUAACACGAAUUAAAAAUAUUUAUCAAAAGAAAGAGAAAACAAACGAAAAAAUACAAAUAAAAAGCAAGGUAAGAAAUAGAAAUAAUAAUAAGGAUGAUGAUUAUAUAUAUUAUACUAACGAUACUAAUAAUAAAAACAAUAAUAUAUAUAAUAGUAAGUGUGAUGAUAACAAUAACAAUAUUGUUAUCAAUGAUGUUAUUUUAGAUAAUACUUAUAAAUAUAUUAUAUAUUUCAUAGACAAGGAAAUAUAUGAUAAUGCAAUUAAAUCUAUCAAUGAUAUGGUAGAUAAGGCACAAAAAUAUGAAUCCAUUUGGUUACAAUAUAAAACAUUAUGGCAAAUCGAAAUUGGAGAUAUAAUAUCAAGUUUUGGAGAAGAUAUAGAAACAUGGAAAAUAUUUAUGAAUGAAAUUAAACAAAGAGAAAAUACAUUCGAUACAUUAGAUACGGAAAAAUAUUUUGGACCUAUCGUUAUAGAUUAUAGAAUACUUCAAUCUAAGGUUAGUUCUAAAUUUGAAAUAUGGCAAAAAGAAAUAGUAUCUGAAUUUUCUAAAAAGUUAGGAGAAAAAACAUUAUAUUUAAAAGAAGAAAUUGAAAAAGCUUUAUAUGAUUUAAAUACACAAUCUGAAUUAAAGAAUGAAACCGAAAUAACAGCUAUGCAUAUAUUGUCUAUGACACCCAAAGAUAUUAUUGGAAUAAUGAAUACAUAUGAUAUGGAUGUUCUAUCGAAAACGUGUAAUAGUAUAUAUAGUUUUAUUUACAAAAUAAAUGAAAUUAAUAAAAAGGAAGAAUUGGAAUGGGGGAAAAAAUGUGAUUUAUUAAAACAAAGUGAAUUAUUAUUAGAAAAACAAAGAUAUGUAUUUCCUACUAAUUGGUUAUAUAUAGAUAAUAUAAUAGGGAAAUUAGAAACUGUAAAACAAAUUUGUAAAUAUCAAAUAAAAUUAAUUAAGGAUUAUUUGCCAUAUAUACAAAGUUUGGUUUUAGAAUUUGAUAGAAAAGUACAAAAUAAUAUAAAAGAAUUAUUUGAAGAAUGGAAUAAAAAUAAACCUUCUCAUGGAAAUGCAAAUAGUACAAAAGCUUUACAAAUAAUAAAUACAUUUGAAGAAAGAAUUGACACAAUUAAUGAUCAAUAUGAGAUAUCAGAGAAAAUAAGAAAAUUAUUAGAAUUAGAAAACAGUGAAUCAGAAAUUGGUUUUCAUGUUUCACCUAAUAUACUUAAAGAAGAAAUAAAUUGUGUAAAAGGUAUAUGGGAUGAAUUAAAAAUAAUUUAUUCAAAUAUAUGUGAUAUGAAGAAAAUGUUGUGGUCUAAUGUUGAUCCUAAAGAUGUUAAACAUCGUUUAAAUAAUUUAUUAGAUUCUAUAAAAAAGAUACCUGCAAAAUAUCGUCAAUAUGAAAUUUUUGAUAAUGUACAAAAUGAAAUACAACAAUAUUUGAAAACGUAUAGCUUAUUAUUAGAUUUAAAAUCUGAAUCUUUAAAGGAAAGACAUUGGAAAUUAAUUUUACAAAAAUUGAAUGUUAAAAUAUACUAUAAUAAAUUAACCUUAGGGAAUUUGUGGUCUCUCCAUUUAUGUAUUCAUGAGAAUGUAUUAAGAGAAAUAUUAAAUCAAGCACAAGGAGAAAUGGCAUUAGAACAAUUUCUUAGAGGAUUAAAAGAUACUUGGAAUGAAUGUGAAUUAGAACUUGUACAAUAUCAAAAUAAAUGUAAAUUAAUAAAAGGAUGGAAUGAUAUAUUUUCUACCAUUGAUGAUCAUUUGAAUGCAAUUCAAUCAAUGAAAAUAUCUUCUUAUAUAAAAAUAUUUGAAGAAGAAACAUUUACAUGGGAUGAUAAAUUAAAUAGAUUACGUAAUUUAUUAGAUGUAUGGAUGAAUGUACAAAGGAAAUGGGUUUAUUUAGAAGGUGUAUUAAAAGGAUCGUCAGAUAUAAAAUCCUUAUUACCUCAAGAAUAUAAUAGGUUUAAAAUAAUUGAUUCUGAUUUUAUUAAUAUUAUGAAAAAAACUAGUGAUAAACCAAAGUUGUUAGAAUUAUUUCAAAUGGAAGGGUUUCAGAAACAACUGGAUCGUUUGUCUGAUUCUUUAUCAAAGAUUCAGAAAGCUUUAGGUGAAUAUUUAGAAAAACAAAGGAAUAAAUUUCCAAGAUUUUAUUUUGUUGGAGAUGAAGAUUUAUUAGAAAUGAUAGGUAAUUCUAAAGAUGCUAAAAUAAUUCAAAGAAAUGUUAACAAGAUGUUUGCUGGUAUAAAUUCGUUUAUAUUAAAAGAAAAUACAAAUGAUAUUAUAUUAGGUAUGUCUUCACGAGAAGGUGAAGACGUUUUAUUUUUGGAACCAUUAAAUAUUAGUUCAUUUAAUACAUUAAAAGAAUGGUUAAUAGUUUUAGAAAAAUCUAUGAAAAGUAGUUUAGAAUUUUAUUUAGAUGAAGCAGCAAAAGAAAUUUUAGAAAUGGAUAUGAUUGAAUGUACAAAAAUUGAAAAUAAUAAAAUAUUGUUAUGGUCAGAAAAAUAUCCGAAUCAAAUUAUAUUAUUAUGUUUACAAAUAUUGUGGACUAGCAAUAUUGAAAAUGAACUAAUAAAUUUUUCAAAAAAUAGCUCUGAUGAAUCAAAUAUAUUAUUUCAUAAAAGUGAAAAGAUAUGUUUGAAUCUUUUAGAAUUUUUAGCAGUUAAUGUUGUUAAACAAAAAGAUCACAGAACACGACAAAAAUUUGUUCAAAUGAUUACGGAAUUAGUACAUCAAAGAGAUGUAAUACGUAUACUUAUAGAUAGGAAUGUAAAAAAUGUUAAUAGUUUUAUAUGGUUACAAUAUAUGAGAUAUUAUUGGGAUCCCAAAAAGAAAGAUAAUAAAAUCAAUUUAAUUAUAAAAAUGGCAGAUGCAACUUUUGAAUAUGGAUAUGAAUAUUUAGGAAUGUGUGAGAAGUUAGUUCAAACUGAAUUAACAGAUGCAUGUUUUUUAACCUUAACACAAGCAUUAAAAAUGAAAUUAGGAGGAAAUCCUUUUGGUCCAGCUGGAACAGGAAAAACCGAGAGUGUAAAAGCUUUAGGUGCACAUUUAGGAAGAUAUGUAUUAGUUUUUAAUUGUGACGAAUCUUUUGAUUUUACUGCUAUGGGUAGAAUAUUUGUUGGUUUAUGUCAAGUAGGUGCUUGGGGAUGUUUUGAUGAAUUUAAUAGAUUAGAAGAACGAAUAUUAUCAGCAGUAUCUGAACAAAUAUUAACAAUACAAACUAGUUUAGUUCAAAGAAAAAAUGAAAUAGAAAUAUUAAAUAAAAAGAUUGGAUUAAAUAAAAAUGUAGGUAUAUUUGUUACAAUGAAUCCAGGAUAUGCUGGAAGAUCUAAUUUACCUGAUAAUUUAAAACAACUUUUUAGAAGUUUUGCUAUGAUAGAACCAAAUAAACAAUUAAUUGUUGAAGUGACAUUAUUUUCUCAAGGUUUUAUAAGUGCUGAGCAUUUAUCAAGUAAAAUAGUGUCUUUAUUUGAUUUAUGUUCUGAACAGUUAUCUAAGCAACCUCAUUAUGAUUUUGGAUUGCGAUCAUUAAAAAGUGUUUUGAAUUCUGCUGGUAAUUUGAAAAGAUUAACUUUAUUAAAGGAUGAAUCAAAAUAUGUGGAAAACAACCAAAUUGUUUUUAAUGAAACAUUAGAUGAUAAUAAUAAUAAUAAUAUUAACAAGAGAAGUACCACAAAUAAUAUAAUUACUACUACUACUACCACUACUACCACUAAUAAUAAUAAUAAUAAUACAAAUGAGAAUAAUAUAAUUUCAAUGGAACAAACGUUAUUAUUAAAAUCUGUGUGUGAUACUGUUUAUCCCAAAUUAGUUUCAAGUGAUAUUAUUUUAAUAAAGAGUUUAUUAAAAGGUGUAUUUCCAAAUGUGAACGUAGGGGAUUUAGAAGAAAAAGGUUUAAUUAAUGAAAUACAUCGUUUAUGUAAAUUAAGACAUUUUACACCUGAAGAAAAAUGGAUUACAAAAAUAUGUCAAUUAUAUCAAAUAAUGAAAUUACAACAUGGUGUAAUGUUAGUUGGAGAUGUUGGAACUGGGAAAAGUAGUGCUUGGAAAAUUCUUUUAGAUUCUUUAGAAGCAUUAGAUAAUAUAAAAGGAGUAAGUUAUGUUAUAGAUGCAAAAUCUUUAGAUAAAGAAGAAAUAUAUGGAAAACUUGAUAAUAUUAACUUAGAAUGGACUGAUGGUGUAUUUACAGGUAUUUUAAGAAAAAUUAUUUAUAAUUCUUCUACUCAAUCAGGAAAUACAAAUAAAAGACAUUGGAUCGUUUUUGAUGGAGACGUUGAUCCUGAAUGGGCAGAAAAUCUAAACAGUGUUUUAGAUGAUAAUAAAUUGUUAACAUUACCAAAUGGAGAACGUCUUCCAAUUCCUGAGAGUGUUAGAAUAUUAUUUGAAGUAGAUACCUUAAAACAUGCUACACUAGCUACUGUUAGUAGAUGUGGAAUGAUAUGGUUUUCACGAGAUAUUUUGUCACCAAUAAUACUUUUUAAACAUAAAUUGAAUAUGUUGAAAUAUGGUGAUAAUGAUUAUCCUCGUAAAAUGGAUAAAUUUAAGUUAUUUCUUAUUAAUAACAAUGAACAUGUUACCGAAAAGGAUCAAAAUAUUAAUAGUAAUAAUAAUAAUAAGAAGAAGAAUAAUAUAUAUAGUAUGAAUCAUAUUAAUAAUUAUAAUAUAAAUUCGAAUGAACAAAAUUUGCAACAAUUUGAUAAUGAAAAUAUAAUGGAUAAUAUUAGAAUGAAUUCUAGAAUUUUUUUUGAAGAAAAUGAACAAGAAAGCAGUUCAUCAUAUAUAAUAAGAACAAUUCCUUAUAGAGCUGUAAAUAUAAUUAGUGAUUAUUUUGAAGAAAAUGAAUUUGUACAUCAAUGUUUAGUUGCAGCAGAAAAUUAUGAACAUGUAAUGGAUUAUGAAUAUAUAAGAGUUAUUGAAAGUACAUGCUUAUUAUUACAAAAAGGAUUUGAUAAUUUAGUUAAGAAGAAUGAAAAAAUUAAUAAUACAUUAUCUGAUGAUGAUAUAGAAAAAUAUAUUACUAAAUGGUUAGUAGUAAGUAUAUUAUGGGGUAUUGGUGGUUCCUUAAAUCUUGAAGCAAGAGAAAAAUUUUCCAUGUAUGUUCAAUCCAUUUGUUCUAUACCAUUACCUAAUGAUUUAUUAUCAAAAGGGAAAAUGCAUAAUAUGGAUAAUAGUAAUAAAAUAUCAAAUACUUUAUUAGAUUAUGAACCUAAUAUUGAAGAUGGAGAAUGGAUAAAUUGGAAAGAGCUUGUACAAAUGAUAGAUGUUGAUAGAACAGAAAUAUCAGAUGCAACUUUAGUUAUUGAAACUAUGGAUACUAUUAGACAUGAAACAAUUUUGGAAGGAUGGCUUCAUUUAAAGAAACCAUUUAUUUUAUGUGGUCCUCCUGGAUCAGGAAAAACAAUGACAUUAACAUCCGUUUUAAAAAAAUCAUCUGAAUUUGAUAUAGCAUCAUUAAAUUUUUCUUCUGGAUCUUUACCAAACUUAUUAUUACAAACGUUUGAUCAUUAUUGUGAAUAUGUAAAGACAACAAGCGAAUUGGUUUUAAGACCGUUGCAACCAGGAAAAUGGUUAAUAAUUUUUGCUGAUGAAAUUAAUUUACCUACACCAGAUAAAUAUGAUACACAAAGAAUUAUUAUGUUUAUGAGACAAAUUUAUGAAUCACAAGGUUUUUGGAAAUAUGACGUUAAUAAUAAUUCAUGGAAUUGGGUUAAAAUAGAAAGAAUUACUUUUGCUGGUGCUUGUAAUCCUCCAACAGAUGCUGGGAGAAAUCCUUUAAGCAAUCGUUUUUUAAGACAUACAUCUGUUUUAUAUGUUGAUUUUCCAGGUUAUGAAUCGUUAAAACAAAUAUAUGGAACAUUUAAUAGAGCUAUUCUUCGUAAAUUUCCACAUUCAUCUCAUUUAGCAGAUAAUUUAACACAAGCAAUGGUUGAUUUUUAUACCAAAUUUUCUCAAACCUUUACUAUAGAUAUGCAACCUCAUUAUAUUUAUAGCCCAAGAGAAUUAACCAGAUGGAAAUUGGCCUUAUAUGAAACAUUAGAAAGUUGUGAUGAAUUAAAAAUUAGAGAUUUAGUUAGACUAUGUAUAUGUGAAGGUUUAAGAAUUUUUCAAGAUAGGCUAAUAUAUAAAAAGGAAAAGAAAGAAACCGAUAAAAUUAUAGAUGAUAUAUUUAAAUAUUCUUUUCCAGAUAUUACCAAAGAAGAUUUAUUAAGACCAAUAUUAUUUAGUUCUUAUAUGAAAAAUUAUUAUACAGAAAUAGAUAAAAAAGAUUUAAAAGAAUUGAUACUUUCAAAAUUAAAAAUAUUUAACGAAGAAGAAAUAAAUGUACAAUUAGUUCUUUUUGAUGAUGUUUUAGAUCAUAUUACAAGAAUUGACAGAGUAUUAAGACUACCAUUGGGACAUUUGUUAUUAGUAGGAGCAUCUGGUGCGGGGAAAACGAUAUUGUCUAGAUUUGUUUCAUGGAUAAAUGGAUUAUCUGUUUUUCAAAUUCGUGCUGGAAGAAAUUAUACUACUGAAUCUUUUGAAGCAGAUCUAAGACAUAUUAUGAAACGUGCUGGAAUUAAAGAAGAAAAAAUAACAUUUAUUUUUGAUGAAUCCAAUGUUUUAGGACCUGCUUUUUUAGAAAGAAUGAAUGCAUUAUUAGCAAGUGGAGAGGUUCCAGGUUUGUUUGAAGGAGAUAAUUAUAUAACCUUAAUUAAUGAAUGUAAAUCUGCUUAUCGAUCGAAUAUAGGUUUAGAUGAAUCAGAUCUCUUUAAAAAGUUCACAAAACAGGUUCAACAAAAUUUACACAUAGUUUUUACUAUGAAUCCUGCAAAUCCAGAUUUUGCGAAUAGACAAGCAACAUCUCCUGCUUUGUUUAACAGGUGUGUUAUUGAUUGGUUUGGUGAUUGGCCUUAUAGUGCUUUAUUACAAGUUGCUAGUGAAUUUAUUUUUAAUUUAAUCUUACCUGAUAAUAAUUUUUAUAUGGAUUAUGUAGGAAAUGAAGAUGGUCCAAUCAAAGGUAAAAUUCAAUAUAAAAAUAAUAAAGCUUAUUUUUUGUCUAGAGCUAUUGUAGAAAUUCAUAAUUCUGUUGUGCAUAUUAAUAACGUUUUGAUGAAAAAAGGGAAUAGAUAUAAUUAUAUGACCCCAAGAGAUUUCCUUGAUUUCAUUAAACAUUUUUUGAAAAUAAUAGAUGAGAAAAAAGAAGAAGUUUCUAGUCAGAAAAAUCAUUUAAAUUCAGGUUUGAAUAAAUUAAAAGAUACAGAGAUACAAGUUGCUGAGUUGAGAAAUUCUUUAGCUAUAAAAAAAAAGACACUUGCUGAAAAGGAUUUGGAAGCAGAAGAAAAAAUGAAGUUAAUGAUAGAACAACAAACUGAAACAGAAGAUAAGAAAAAGAAAGCUGAAAUAUUGUCUAAAAAAUUAGACGAACAAUUUAUAAUUAUUGAUCAAAGAAAAGAAGUUGUUAGGAAAGAAUUAAGUGAAGUUGAGCCUAAAUUUAGAGAAGCUGAAGAAGCUGUUAAAAAUAUUCCAAAAAAAAAUUUCGAUGAAUUAAGAGCUAUGGCAAAUCCUCCUAUUUUAGUAAGGAAUGCAGUUGAAGCAGUUGCUAUCUUAAUUAUGAAUGAAGGUGAUAAAAAUGUUACAUGGGAAGAUGCUAGAAAAAUAAUGAAAGGACAAGACUUUAUAAAUAAAGUAUUAUAUUUAGACAAGAAGGCAGUAAAACCACAAACAAGUUUUCAAAUUAAGAAACGUAUAAAUAAUAAUGAUUGGGAUGUUGAACGAAUAAAUAAAGCAUCAAGAGCUGCUGGUCCUUUAGCUAAAUGGGUUGAAUCUGUUAUUACAUUUUUGAAUAUCUUAGAAACAGUACAGCCGUUAGAAAAAGAAAUAGAGAAAUUGCAGGAGGAAACCAAAGUUGCUGAAGAUCAAUAUAAUGAACAAAGAGAUAUAAUAUGUGAGCUUGAAAAAAAAUUAGUUCAAUAUAAAAAUGAUUAUGCUCAAUUAAUUAGUCAAGUACAAAAUAUAAAACAAGAAAUGGAAAUGGUAGAAAAUAAAAUAAAAAGAUCUAUUAAUUUAAUAGACAAUUUAAAAUCAGAAAAAGAAAGAUGGUCUGAAACAUUUAUUAAUUUAGAAGAAGCUUCAGAAACGUUUGUAGGGGAUUGUUUAAUAGCUGCUGCAUUUUGUGCAUACAUUGGAUUUUUCGAGCAUUAUGAAAGACAAAGGUUAAAAAGGACAUGGGGAGAAAUUAUAAAAAUGCAUUAUAUAAAAUAUAGAAAUGAUUUAUCAUUUAUUGAAUUUUUAUCUAGACCAUCAGAAAGAUUACAAUGGAUAGGAAAUCAAUUACCAAGUGAUGAAUUAUCUAUAGAAAAUGCUAUCAUAAUAAAUAAUUAUAUACGAUAUCCUAUGAUAAUUGAUCCAUCUGAUCAAGCCACAACAUUUUUGUUAAAUCAAUAUUCUGAUAAAAAGAUAUUAAAAACUUCUUUUUCUGAUAAAAAUUUUAUAAAAAAUUUAGAAAGUGCUUUGCGCUUUGGCUCCACAUUAUUAGUAUAUGAUGUAGAAAAAAUUGAUGCUAUAUUAAAUUCAGUUUUAAAUCAAGAAACACAUAAACAAGGUGGUAGAUUAUUAAUUACUAUUGGUGAUUCUGAAGUUGAUUUUUCACCUUCAUUUAAUUUAUUUUUAACAUCAAGAGAUGCUCAUUUCCAGUUUACUCCUGAUUUAUGUAGUCGUGUAACAUUUGUAAAUUUUACUUUAACUCCAUCUUCUUUACAAAAUCAAUGUUUAAAUAUGAUACUAAAGAAUGAAAGACCAGAUAUAGAUAAAAAAAGAUGUGAUUUAUUAAAAUUACAAGGAGAGUAUAAAGUGAAGAUAAGGGAGUUAGAAGAAUCUUUAUUAUUAGAAUUAUCUAAUGUAAAAGGUAAUAUUUUAGAUGAUGACAAUGUUAUAAGUACUAUGGAGAAAUUAAAAGUCCAAGGAGCUGAAGCUUCUAAAGAAGUUAAUAUAGCAGAAGAAGUUAUGGUAGAAGUUGAAAAUGUAAGUAAUCAAUAUUUAUAUUUAGCACAAGGAUCAGCUAGAAUAUAUUUUAUUUUACAACAUUUAUGUAAUAUUAAUUUUUUAUAUCAAUAUGAUUUAAAUUUUUUUUUUAAUAUAAUGAAAGAUAUGUUGAAUAAUAAUUAUUUAUUAUCAAUAGUUAAGAAAAAAGAUAAUUAUAAAGAAAGAUUAAAAGUUUUAGAGGAUUUACUUUUUUCCUUAACUUAUAAUCGUGUAGCUAGAGGAUUGUUACAAGAAGAUAGAUAUGUAUUUGGGCUUCAAUUAUGUUAUGUUAAGAGCAUAAUAAAUCCUAAUAUAGAUAUGGAUCAAAGUUAUUUACAUUAUUUGUUGAAAGAUCAUUAUUCAAAUCAAGAUGUAGAUGAAUUUGAACAUAAUAAAAUUGAAAAGAAUUUAUUACCAGAAUAUAAUGAUGAACAAAUUAAUGCAUUAAAUAAUUUAAUAAAACAUAAAUCUUUUCGUAAUUUAAAAAAAUGUAUAUUAAAUAGUAAACAAAAGUGGAUAGAAUUAUUACAUUCGACUGAACCAGAAUCGUUGGUUUGUUCUAUACUUAAUGAUAUGAAUAUGAGUGAUGAAUCUAUAAAUAAAUCAGAUGAAUUGUUGAAUAAAAAUAAAAAUAAAAAUAAAAAUUCGAAUAUAAUGAAUAAUGGUGAAUCUGGAAAAGAUGGUAUAUCCGAAGAAAAGAGAUAUAUAAAUAAUGAUAAUACAAACAUGGAUACUACAACUACUACUACUACUACUACUAAUAAUAAUAAUAAUAAUAAUGAUAAUAAUUAUUAUUAUAAUAAUAAUAAUGUUAAUAAUGAUAUUUCUUUGUGCUUAAAAGAGUCCUUAAUUAUAAAAGCAAUAAGACCAGAUAAACUAGAAAAUUGUUUUAAUAAAAUAAUAAAUAACAUAUUAGGUAGGGAUUUUUUGUGGAUUCCUGAAUUAACAAUAAAUGAUUUUGAAAAAUAUGUUAAGGAAAAUGCAAAUGGGAAUAUUCCAAUUGUGUUAAUAAGUUCUCCUGGUUUUGAUCCUAGUAAUAAAGUUCAACAAUUAAGUGAAAAAUGUAAAAUUCCUUUAUUUUCUAUUGCUAUGGGUUCAGAAGAAGGUUAUAUAUCAGCUGAAAGGGUUCUAUUUACUGCUCAAAAUAAUGGUGGAUGGGUUCUAUUAAAGAAUAUUCAUAUAUCUACAAAAUGGUUACAUCAAUUAGAAAAAAAUAUUCAUAAAGCUACGACAAAUAAAAAUUUUCGAUUAUUUUUAACUAUGGAAUUUAAUCCUAGAAUUCCUCAACGUUUAAUGAGAAUAUCUUUAACAUUUAUGUUUGAACCUCCUGUUGGUAUAAAAUUUUCUAUUUUAAGAUCAUUUUCUUUAUUUUUAGAAAAUAGAGAAUUAUGUGAACCUAAAAUAGCUAGAUUACGUUUAUACUUUAUAGUUUCAUAUCUCCAUGCAAUAAUAUUAGAAAGAAGAAGAUAUACUCCUAUAGGAUGGACUAAAAAAUAUGAAUUCAGUGAUUCAGAUUUAAUGUGUGCUUUAUCUGUUGUGGAUAGUUGGUUAGAUAAAGCUUCAACUAGGAUAGGGAAAAAUGUAAGUGAACAUAUUGAUCCUUGUAACAUUCCUUGGGAAGCUAUAAAAAAGAUAUUAAAUGAAGCAAUAUAUGGUGGUAGAUUAGAUAAUAUGGUAGAUCAAAAGAUAUUAGAUACUUUUAUUGAUCAUUUAAUGAAUAGUAAUUCUUUUGAAACUGAUUUUAAAUUAAAUAUAUGUAAUAGUACAUCAUCGAAUAAGGAUUUUUUACUAUCACCUGAUUUGUUUAGGAAUAUAAAUGAUUAUAUAAAUUGGACUAAUAAUAUGAGUAAUACUGAUUUACCUGCAUGGUUAGGUUUUGGUCAGCAAGCCGAAGGUUUAUUAACAACUAGAACAAAUUUCAGUAUUAUAUCUAAAUGGAAUAUAUUAUAUAGUAAAAGUCGUUCUGAUGUUUAUGAGCCUUUGCCACAUUCUCUUUUAACAAAAUCGUUGAACGAGGAAAAAUAUAUAAGUUUUGAAUUAUAUAAAAUAAAAAAUAUUAACGAAAAAAACAUCAAACAUAAAGAUAAAAAUAAAAACAAGGAAAAUGAUAAUAAUAAUAAUAAUAAUAAUAAUAAUAAUAAAAAAUAUAUAGAUAAUAGUAAGAAUGUGAUAUCUUCUUCUGAAACAACUGAAAGUGAAACUUCAGAAUCUUGUACUGUUAACAGAUCUAUACAUGUUUAUUCAAAUAAUGAAAAUAUUUUGUUCAUCAAUAAGAUUUUAGAAAAUUUACCCCAAAAUAUACCUACUCUAGAAAAAAACGAGGAGAAGCUUAGAAAUGCUGUAUUUAGAUGUUUUGAGAGAGAAAAUAAUUUAUUUAGUGAUUUAUUAAAAUUAAUAAAAACCAAUUUAAAUCAAUUAAAAAAUGUUCUAGAGGAAAAAGUAAAAUAUACAAAUAAAAUCAGAGCAUUAGCAAAAGAUUUAAAUUCAUUUAAUGUCCCAUCAAAUUGGUUACUACAUGGAAAUAGAACAAAUUUAAAUUUGACAAAUUGGUUAAAGGAAUUAAUUAAUCGUUUAUAUCAAAUAAUAGUAAUAACACUAGAAUUUAAUGAAAAAAGUUUUAUUGAUAUAAAUGAAAAAAAAAAACAAAAAAAUAUAAAUAUAGAAAAUGAUGAGGAUCAUAAUUUAAAUGAUUUUUAUAAAAGAAACCAUGAUAAUAUAUUAUCACAUUUUAAAUUGAAUCAUAAAGAAAAAAAUUUAUCUAUAAAUUUCAUUUGGCUAGGAGGGUUGUUUUAUCCCAGAGCUUUUAUAACAGCAACGAGACAAUUAUCUGCUUUUAAAUUUAAAAAUUCGUUAGAUGAUUUAGAAUUAUCAGUAUUAAUUGGAAAUAAUAAUAAUAUGCAGUAUGAUGAUAUGAUUCAUUAUACUAUAACUUGUUUAUCUAUAGAGGGUGCUGAAUGGAGCAACAAAGAUAAUUGUUUAAUUUUAAGUGAUGAACUCACAAUUGAUUUGCCUCCUGUAACAUUAACUUGGGAAAAAAAGGAGAUUUUAAGGAAAAAGCAAAGAGAAAAUAGUUCCUCUUUACAUUUUAUGAAUUUACCAAUUUAUUUAGACAAAUCAAGGAAUUCAUUUAUUGGUUUCUGGAAUUUCCCAGUUUUUAAAGGUAUAUCUGAACAAAUCUGGUAUCAAAGGGGAGUGGCCAUAUUUUUAUCAAAAACGUAUUAA